AACAUGGCGCGGCCGCCGGCGAGCACCGGGUCGCAGGCGCCCGACCCGGACCAACGGGAAGCCAACGUGGUGACGCGCCUGUCGCAGUGGGCGGACAGCCACCUGCGCCUUGUCCAGGUGCCGCGACCCGGCGGGAACGUCAGCACGGGAAUGGCCAUAGCUGGGAUCGUGUUACUAAUGAGAAGUGUCCGGCUGACAUCAAAAUUCACAGCCUCUUCAGAUAUUCCAGUGGAGUUUAUAAGAAAGAAAGUGAAGCUCCGUGGCCGAUUACACCGGAUAACUGAGUGUGGUCUAGAAAUUGAACAUAUUCCUAUUACUUUACCUUUUAUAUCUUCGUGGAAAAAAGAGCCAUGUGGGUUUUUGCUGGUUAAGCUGGCUGGAGUAGAACUCACUGAAACCGGUAAGGUCUGGUUACAGAAAGAGCUGAAACCUUCCCAGCUGCUGUGGUUCCAGCUUCUUGGAAAGGAGAAUUCAGCACUGGUUUGCUACCUUCUAGUGAACAAGGGUGGAUACUUUAACGUGAAUCUGAAUGAGGAAAUUUUGAGAAGAGGCUUGGGCAAAACUGUUCUUGUUAAAGGGCUAAAUUAUGACUCAAAAACCCACUGGAAAAUCCACAGAAACUUACUUAAGGCUGAACUGACAGCCGUAAAGAAAGGAGAAGGAAUAUGGAAGGAAGAGUCUGAAAAAGAAAGCUAUUUGGGAAAAUUCAAAGAUUCCUGGAGAGAAAUGUGGAAAAACAACAAUUAUUUAAAAACAAGCAGCCCAGAUUUCCACUUGUCCAAAGACAGUUAUUAUGACAGGUUUCGGAGGGCUUAUGGAAGCUGGAAGGACCACAUGGGCAACUUCUCUUUAGUUUUGAAACUCAGAGAACUUGUGAGCCGCUUGCACUUCGGGAGAAAAAGAUGAAGUAUCCUUGAGGCCUAGAGGUGACCUCUGAUGAGUGCAUGACUAUAUGACCACUUUUCCUUGAGUCAAAUGGAAAUUUCUUCAGGUGACCAAAAUUCUAGUCUUAAAGAUUCAAAACACUGUUAAAACCAAAAUAAAUUUGAAAGAAUUAUGAUCAAUGCAAUAUACUUUCAGGAAAAAGUAACACACUAUACAGUUACCUGGUAGAAGGCUGUGUCCAUAUAGAACUAGUGUUUUACCUGUUUCUUCUCCUGCCCUGCUCCCUAGUGCUGUGGAUUGAACGCAGGGCCUCAUGCACUCUGGAUUCGUUAGCAUACCUUGGUCAAGUCUCAUUGCCAGCACUAAUGUCUCAAAAGAAAGUUCAAGUAUUGACUGUUAAAUUAGUUAUUUGGCACAGCCAGUUUUAUUAUUUGUUUUUCAAUUUCAUCAACUUUAUAAUAAAGGAAGUUUUGGAAUGUU